AUGUCUCGGUGUUACCCGUUUCCACCUCCUGGUUAUGUACGGAAAGAAAUCGAGGAUGAGUCUCUGAUCGAAUCGAUCAAGGGGGCAAAGGAGGAAGUUAAGAAAGAUAGAAAACACAAGAAGAAGGAUAAAAAGAGGAAGGAUAGGGAUAAUGAGGCGGAUCGAAGCAAAAAGCACCGUCAUAAAAGACGGCGAAAAGAUGAAAGCGGCAAUGCUGUUAAGAAGGUUGAUGAUCGUUGCGGAUUGGUAAACAGCGAGGUCGAGUUCUUGGAGAAGAGCUGUCUUACAAUGGAACUUGAGCAUCAAACGUCGUCUCAGAACUCUUGUGAUAGCUCUCUUCAUAGCAACGAUAGACCGAAGCAGGUUCAGAGUCAGCCCCUCGAUGGUAGGCAUAACGACUCUGGUGAGUUUGUUUGUGUUUACUUGUUGUUGGGUCUGUUUGCUUCACGUGCACACACGUUGGUGACAUUGUUUCUUCAAAUUUGUUGCUAUGAAUUUGAAGAAAUCAGCAAACGGAUCCGGUUACCUAGCAAAGAGCAGAAAGAUCAUGAGGUGAUGAUGACCAACAAGGAUCAAAGUCACUGUUCUUCCUUGGAAAGGUUAUAUGCUUCUUCAGCUGUUGGUCAUCUUUAUUCGACUUCUGCAAAUGAAGCUCCACGGGAUGCUUUAAGGGUCUGUCAAGAGAAAAGAAGAGAUCCAAAUUUUGGUUCGUCCAGAGAAAUCUCAACAAAACUCAGUAAAGAGAAGAAAACAAUUUCUCUGAAUGAUGUCAAAUCCCGAGAAACAAACAGUAGGCAACUCGGUAAAGAGAAGAUGCCAUCAUCAUCUUCAUGUAGUCAUCGAGAAGCAGAGAAACCGUCCUCUAGUCAUCAAGAAGCCAUUGGACAUUCAAAGCUAGGAUGUAGCAAAUGCCCUCCUUCCAUGGCAGUGCAGUUCUUGAAUCUCAUCGAGAACUGGGAUCCCGACCGGGUGGAGAGCAAGCUCACAGACUCUGGAGAUCAAGAAUUGUGGUUAUUCAUGAAGUUCAGCGCCAAAAGAGAUCAGCAUCGCCAAGUUAAGAAUCAGACAACCAGUGGGGCAAGUAGUUCGAUGUCGUGGCCAACUGCUCGAUUUCUUCCAGAAGCGGAAGUACACGCAUUGCCAUUCACCGUCCCGUUCUAA